AUGUCCGAGCUAUCCACCGUCGCAAUCAAAGAUGGCCACCGCGGCCACCUCUCCCAUCAUCAUCACUCCGGCUUCAACCAACCCUCCUCCGGCAUGAGCAACCUAAGCAAUCAACUUGACGCCGAGCGCGCAGAUCGAAUCUCCCGCCUGGCCGGCCUCGAACGUGUAACCACAGCUCGCAACCCCACCCCGCACAACCUCACACCCGGCGCCGCCGCACCGCCAGCACAAGGAGGACACAGCUACUUCGACUCCACCGGCAACCCUGCCAUGGGCCGCGAGCGCAGCACCGUAGGCAGCGCCUCCGCAACCGGCAGCGUCGGCGCACGAACAACAUGGGCAGGCAGCGAAGCAGGCGACAGAGACAUGGACAAGAUGAGCGAGAGCCAGAACGCGGACGACGUGGAUAUGGACUCUGUCGGCCCUUCGGAAGAACAAGAAGAUACAGGCAGCCUUGUCGCAUUUGGCGAAGGUGCACGCACGCCCGCGCGGCAAAGCGUGAUCAGUGUUCCCGGUGGGGGAGCGGGAGCGAAGACGCCUCGCGACGCGAAGAUGAUCGAUGGCAUGACUUACGAUUCCAAUGUGGUGGAUACGACGGCCGCGGAAGCUUCUCGGCGUCAUAACUUCACCAGCCCGAGUGGCGCGGAGCAAGCAGAGCGCAUUGUGAGAGAUCAUAUGGACAUGACGAGCAACGAUCGCAUGCGUGGUGGCAACGCGCACUUAGGCGAUUUAGGCAAGUUCGGGUUUGAGAAAUAG